AUGAUCAACUACAUUUACGAGGACAUGGGUCUAGACGAUAUCUCACUGCUGGAUCUGCGCGAGUUGGAUCCGCCCGCUGCGCUUGGCGCAAACCUCAUCAUGCUAUUCGCGACGGCCCGCAGCGAACGGCACUUGCACGUAUCUGCCGGCCGUUUCGUCCGGUGGCUAAAGCGAAACUACAAAGUCAAUGCCAGGGCAGAUGGACUCAUCGGGCCGGGCGAGCUGAAGACGAAGCUCCGCCGUCUCAAGAAGAAGGCGAAACUCAUGGGUAACAACACCAUGAUUGUGCCUGGUGGGGACAACGGCAUCUCGACUGGAUGGGUGUGCGUCAACUUUUCAGCGUCUGGCCACGACACAGACGAAUUGUCGAGCUUUGACGAGAGCGGGCGCUUUUCCGGCUUCGGGUCGUCUUUGACUGGCACGACGGUCGUCGUGCAGUGCUUGACCGAGUCUCGCCGGAGCGAGCUGGACUUGGAGACUCUCUGGCAAGGGGUCCUGAGGCGCAGCCUCGAGCAGACGAGCAAGAUCAAGGGCGAGAAAACCGAAGACAGGGCAGCCUUUGAGAAGAUGGUUUCGUCAAGAAUGCAGCAGCCAUCCAACCCAUCAGCAUCACAAUGGCAGGCCCUUCAGCAGGCCUCUCAGCAGCAACGACACUUUUCGACGAUGGCGCGUCGCCUGCAGCCUCGGACUGAGCGUCGCGCUCCUGCUGCUGGCAAGGGCGUGCAGGAGCCAGCGUCGCAGGUGGUCGUGGAAGAUGCGAAUCAGCUGGACUUGGCCAGGUUGCGUCGACAAAUAUCCGAGCUGCAAACUAGCGGCAUCCCUCUGAACCAGGACGUUUUGCAGAGCCUCAUUUGCGCGGUGUUUGAGGCCGCACCGUCAACACCAGACAGCUCAGGCGAGCGUCUCGCCCUCGUUGAUGAGCUCCUGCUGACGGCGCAAGAGCGUGGCAUGACCGUCUGGUCCAGGGAGAUGCUCGUCACCCUAAUUGAGUCCGUCGUCAAUUCUCCGGUCUAUGGCCCUGAAUUGCAACGGUCGCAGAGCAAUCUUGAGUUUCUGCUGGUGGAGAUGCAGUCGGCCCUGGACGAGCCGCAAGUGCUGCGCUUGAUGCACGCAUACGCGCGCCACCAGGACUGGGAAAGAUUCUGGGACGCCUUCCGCUCACCGGCGAGAUUUCAAGUCGCACGGUCAUCAGAACUCUACGAGCUGGCCUACAGCACCAUGGCGGCCACGCGCGAUCCGAAACUCUGCACGGACGCGCUGCGCUGGGUGUACCCCGAGAUGCUCAAGGAGGAGCCGCCCGUGCUGCCGACCGGAUCGCUCUACACUGCGCUCAAGGCGUGCAUCCUGGUCGCCGAUCCGGCGGCCGAAGAUCUGCUCCACCACCCGCCCGCGUCGGAGACAUUGGAUCUCGUGGGCAGGCGGCGCCUGCAGCGACGGGAGUUUGUGAGGGUGCUCAAGGAGGUGGAGGAUUUGCGACGGCAUCUUGUGGGGACGCAAGCUCGCCGCGAGAGAGCGCAGGCGCUCAACAAGUUUUCUGACGCGGUCUCGCCCGGCUCAGCAUAG